GCGUCAAGAACCCAUUCCCCUCCCUCGAUUCCAUUCCCAGCGCCUUCACCUCAGCACGCCCACUUUCAAUCGUUUUCUGCCAACACCCAAAUCCACACCAUCCCAUCUAUUUGUCAAGAAACUAAUCCUGUGGUAAUGGAAAGCCCAAGCAAGUCGACGCCUCAUCCCUUUUCACUGCAAGAAGAAAUUGCAGACAAUUUCGAUGAAAUAAACAGCAGAGCGGAGGCGAUUCCUUCCGAAGCCGAUUGGGCUGCGAAGAAGAGGAAGAGGUCUGAUAUCUGGGAUCACUAUGAUGUGGUGUUCGUUGAGGAAGGGAGCCCCAAAAAGAGAGUUCAAAAGGGCAAAUGCAAGCGCUGCAAUUCCUUGAUUGCUGCAGACUCUCAAAAGAAUGGCACGUCUGCUCUAAGGAAGCAUGAUGCCACAUGUAGGAAGAAGUUCAAUCAAGGUGCUCCCUGUGCUGCCAAGAAGAAGGUUACCAAACAAGGUGGUGGUGGUGGGAAGCCGCUGGAGAAAGGUCAAACGAUCUUGAAAUAUUUCAGUCCGGUUUCGGUGGUUCGGCUUUGACGAUUGACUCUAGGUUGUGUCCAGUUGCGUUUGGCGGAAAUUUUGGGUUGGGGUUAGUUUGAACCAACCGGUUCCUUGUGUUGCGGUAUGGUAGUAGUAGUUGUGUAGAUUAGGAUUAGUGUAGUUUUGCAGGGAGCAGUAAAAUAGUGGGUGUUUCUCCUAGAUCGGUAUUAUUCCCUUUGUCUAUAACCCAUCCUCGAAUCUUGAA